AUGAUUAAUUCUCUUUGUGGAAGCAUGGGGUCAAUCAAAAGUGAGAGCUCAUGCACCAAGAUGCAACCUACUUCUCCUAAUGGAUCAUCAAUUUCUGAAUCCAAGAAAACUCCAUUAUCUUCUGAUAUGGAGCAUUCUAGCCUAAACCCUCCAAGCCUCAGCUUCCCUGCUGUGAAAUUUGAGUUGGAUGGAGAUGUUGAAGUUCAGUCGCCUGAUAGUUCGAUAUGGGAGACGUUUUUCUCUGAUCAUUUGGAUUCCGACUUCAUGGUCUUAUCUCCAGUGAGGAACUUGCCAUCUCCACAAACCUCAAACUGCAAUUACAACCACGUUCAUGCAAUGCAAGGGCAGAGCCUUUCAGGGUGCUCUCCUCCUCGACAUUUAUUUCAGCUUGGAUCUUUUAGCAGCAGUCAUAAAGGGAAGGGACAAAGCCCUCUCCAUAGGGUAUUUAACUCUCCAAAUAACCAAUACAUGCAAAUUGAGAGCCUUUCUUCUUUGCCUGCUAUUGAGGAUUUCUUGGAUGAUUAUCAAAGAGAUGGGCUUGGAGGGUACCAACCAACUAGGCUGUCAUCUGGCAAUGGAAGUUCAUCGCAGUUGUUUGAUAUGCCAAGCAGAGUUCCUGCAAUGUUGGAUUGCAUGGCCAUGCCAAAUCCCUCGAGGUUUGGUGGAUCGGUGAGUGAAACAUCAUCAGCAGGCUCUCAACUGACCCAGGAUAGAGAUAUUUACCCGAUGGGCUCUCUGAGAAAUGCAACGCUGUCACAACAACUGCAACAAGAACAAAAACAGAAGCAACAAGAGCAACAGCCACCACCACCACCACCAACACCAACAACAACAACACCGCCACCAUCAAUAACGCCAUCCCCAGAGCAGCAACAGCAGAAUCUUAACCACAGCUUGAUGGUGCCUCUCCCUAUUGGUUCUGAUGAGCAGGAGCAAGACAGUGGACUUCAACUUGUGCACCUCCUUCUUGUUUGUGCUGAAGCCGUGGCCAAGGAGGACUAUAUGUUAGCAAGAAAAUAUCUCCACCACCUCAAUGGGGUGGUCACACCCCUUGGUGACUCCAUGCAACGAGUGGCAUCCUGCUUCACUGAAGCCCUAAGUGCUAGGCUUGCUGCAACACUUAGCACUAAACCUAGUACCUCCACUGCAAAACCCUUUUCUCCUUACCCUCCAAAUUCCAUGGAAAUUCUCAAAAUUUAUCAGAUUCUUUACCAAGCUUGCCCAUACGUAAAAUUUGCUCAUUUCACCGCCAAUCAAGCCAUUUUUGAGGCCUUCGAAGCAGAAGAACGUGUUCAUGUUAUUGACCUAGACAUUCUCCAAGGCUAUCAGUGGCCAGCUUUCAUGCAAGCCUUAGCAGCUAGACCAGGUGGUGCUCCAUUUCUCCGGAUCACCGGAGUCGGCUCCUCCAUAGAGGGCGUGAGAGAGACUGGUCGUUGCUUAACAGAACUAGCACACUCUCUCCAUGUUCCAUUUGAGUUUCAUCCAGUGGCUGAAGAACUGGAAGACCUCAAACCCCACAUGUUCAACAGAAGGGUUGGUGAGGCUCUAGCUGUUAACUCCGUUAACCGGCUCCACCGUGUCCCUGUACACUGUCUAGGAAACCUGUUAGCCAUGAUCCGUGACCAAGCACCAAACAUAGUAACACUAGUUGAACAAGAAGCAAGCCACAACGGACCAUACUUCCUGGGUAGGUUCCUUGAGGCAUUGCACUAUUAUUCAGCAAUUUUUGACUCAUUAGAUGCAACUUUUCCACCAGAUUCUGCACAGAGGGCAAAAGUGGAGCAGUACAUAUUUGCUCCAGACAUAAGAAACAUAGUGGCAUGUGAGGGGAUCGAGAGGACAAUGAGGCAUGAAAGGCUGGAGAAAUGGAGGAAGCUAAUGGAAGGGAAAGGAUUUAAAGGGGUGCCACUGAGUGCAAAUGCAGUGACUCAGUCCAAGAUAUUGUUGGGUUUGUAUUCAUGCGAUGGGUACAGAUUGACAGAGGAUAAAGGUUGCUUGCUCCUGGGGUGGCAAGACAGGGCUAUACUUGCUGCUUCUGCAUGGCGAUGCUGA